AAACAAAACACAACAGUACAGAUUAAAUUUGAAGGAAAAGAUAUCUUACAUCUGCCAAGAUAUGCAAUAGCAGCAAGUACACAUUCAACACAAGCAACCAACCCAAUUUUGGAAGAAUUCAUGACAAAUCAAGCUAUCUAGCCAGUCACAAUCAGAAUGUGAUAAUACCUGGUUGUGACAUUGAAUCACUCUGUCAAACCAGGAAGCAGGUGAGCUAUAUAUCAUACUCCAGUAAAGAAACCAAUUCACUUCCACAAGCAUCUGAAAGACGCAGAAGAUAUCUCCUACAUUCCAGAAAAGCAAAGAGAUGCUGCUGCUUGCUACAUUCCUGUGCCUUGCAGCCGUGCUGCAGCAGUCUUCUGGACAGGAACCUGCGGAAGGUUAUAAUGAUCUGUCAACUGACAAGAUAGAUCAGCAAAAUUCCAUUGUGGAGAAACACAACACCCUCCGGAGACAAGUGAACCCCCCUGCUAGCAACAUGCUGAAGAUGAAAUGGAGUUCUGCAGCACAAGCAAAUGCUAAACUUUGGGCAGAUGCAUGUAACUUAUCUCACAGUCUUGAAAGCUAUAGAACAACCGAUACAGUCUGUGGUGAAAAUCUCUACAUGUCAAGUGCCCCAAAUACAUGGUCAGAUGCCAUUCAGUACUGGUAUGAUGAAAGGAAAGACUUUGUGUAUGGCAGUGGGCCAAAAAGUCCAGGCGACGUGGUAGGCCAUUAUACUCAGGUGGUUUGGUAUAAAUCUUACCAGAUUGGAUGUGCAGUGGCUUUCUGUCCUCAGAAAAAAUACAAGUACUAUUACGUUUGCCACUACUGCCCUGCAGGGAACUUUGAAAGUUUACUUAGCACACCUUACAAAUCAGGACCACCAUGUGAAGACUGUCCUACAGCUUGUGAUAAUGGACUAUGCACCAAUCCUUGCAUGUAUGCAGAUGUGUACUCAAAUUGUCCCGGAUUGGCAAAGGUGUAUGGAUGCGACCAUGUUAUGGUGAAGAAUAACUGUCUUGCUUCCUGCCGAUGCACCACUGAAAUCAAAGGGGUAACUCACACGAGAAUGAUUCUGCUCACUACGUUCCUGUGCCUUACAGCUGUGCUGCAGGAAUCUUCUGGAGUGGAACUUGUGCCAGGUUAUGAUGCUCUUGCAACUACAAAUGUACAACAACAAACGUUGAUUGUGAACAAACACAACACCCUCAGGAGACAAGUGAAGCCCUCUGCUAGCAACAUGCUGAGGAUGGAAUGGAAUGCUGCAGCACAAGCAAAUGCUAAAAGAUGGGCAAAUGAAUGUACUUUACUUCACAGUCCUACAAGUAAAAGAACAACUACUACAGCCUGUGGUGAAAAUCUCUACAUGUCAACUGCCCCACAUGGAUGGUCAGAUGUCAUUCAGGCCUGGUAUAAUGAAACGAAAAACUUUAAGUAUGGCAGUGGGCCAAAAUAUACAGGAGCAAUGAUAGGCCAUUAUACUCAGGUGGUUUGGUAUAAAUCUUACCAGAUUGGAUGUGCAGUGGCUUUCUGUCCUCAGAAAAAAUUCAAGUACUAUUACGUUUGCCACUACUGCCCUGCAGGGAACAUUGUAGGCUUAAGUAACAGACCUUACAAAUCAGGACCACCAUGUGGAGACUGCCCUAAAGCUUGUGACCAGGGACUAUGCACCAAUCCUUGCAAGCAUACAGAUAAGUACUCAAACUGUCCAGAUCUGGUAAAGAAGCAUGGAUGUACUAAAUAUGAUUUGACCAAGAAAAAUUGUGUUGCUUCCUGCCAAUGCACCACUGAAAUCAAAUAAAAAGUUUGAUUAAUCUAUUUAAGGAAAUUCAUCUGUAGACAACAUUGUUUUUUACAAAGCUGAAGUCCAUGUGCCAGGCUUUAUGAAUGCAGCCUUUCUGAUUUUCAUGGGGUAACUCAUAUGAGUAAAGGCUAAGGAUAGCGGCAGACAAAGUUCUUUGGGUAGAUGUGUUAUCUUUUAUUAGACCAACUAAAUAUUUUAAAAAAUCAUUCUUUGCAAGCUUCUUCAGGUAUAGGGAAGGGCACUUGUGCCUAACAGAUUGCAAAGAACAUUUUUUUUCAACUAUUUAGUUGGUCCAAUAAAAAAAUAUCACAUCUACCCAAAGAACCUUGUCUGCUUACAUUCUUAGACCAACAUGGCUACAACCCACAGCCCUACAGCAUAGAGGCCUUCACGUACAUGUUCUAGCUUGAUUAAAUUUCUUUCUUGAAAAAUUGUAGCAUAUAUUUAUUCCUUGACUGAAAAUUGGCAUGUUGUGCACUAUGCUUGCAUGACAUUUGGUGACUCAGAUAUUUCUUUUCUAUCAAUAUCAACAUUAUCUUCUACCAAAUCCAAAUACCUUUUGAAAUGCUAUAUAAAGGACUGUCCUGCAAAAAUAUAUUUGUCUAGGUCUUGUCCCUCCUAAUAACCCCAUUCAUUUCAGUAGUUGAGAUACCACCAUCUACAUUCACAUUGAAAAUCAACUGUCUCCUCAAAUAGCCCCAAAUAGAUGUAAUUGAAGUAAUUCAAGGUGUAAAGAUCUACUUAGUGGGUGCAUCUACAUGAGCUGUUUCUUACAGUUGCCUAAUUAGCUCCACAGUUAAAAUCUCAUGUAUACACAUGCAACGCUAUUAGACCACAGGAAACUAAUUAAUUUUGCAGCAAAUAGUACUUGUAAGUACUAGUAAGUACAAGUGCAAGUAUUUACAAGUAC